AUGUCGACAGCUCCGCCUUCUAUAGUCCCUGACGAUAUGGAAAGGCAACAAAUUGAAAAGGAAAUCGCGCCAGACAAGGUGUCUGCAUUCAAAGGACUCGGCUGGCUAGAUCGCUUUUUGGCAGUGUGGAUUCUUCUCGCCAUGAUAAUAGGUAUCCUCUUGGGAAAUUUUGUGCCAAGUACAGGUAGAGCUCUCCAAAAGGGACAAUUCGUUGGCGUCUCGGCACCGAUUGCUGUCGGCUUGUUAGUCAUGAUGUACCCGAUCUUGUGUAAAGUCCAAUACGAAACACUGCAUCUUGCUUUCAAGAGCAAGGAACUCUGGAUUCAAGUCGGUUUCAGCAUAAUAAUGAAUUGGCUUGUCGCUCCAUUCUUGAUGCUAGGACUAUCUUGGGCAUUUCUACCAGACGAGAGCGGUCUUCGUGAAGGCCUCAUUCUUGUGGGAAUUGCUCGCUGUAUUGCCAUGGUGUUGAUCUGGACUGGUCUUGCAGGCGGAGACUCGCAGUAUUGUGCCAUUCUAGUAGCCAUCAACUCAAUUCUGCAAAUGGUCUUGUUUGCCCCAAUGGCCAUCUUCUUCAUCAACGUCAUCAGCGAUUCAGAUACGCCCAUCGCAUCCUCAUACACGACAGUAGCUACCAGUGUCGCCGCAUUCUUGGGCAUUCCCCUAGCCGCAGCCAUCGUUACUCGAUUCACUAUCCGCAAAUUCUCACCUACCUGGUACAACCAAACGUUCCUCAAGUGGCUUGCACCAUGGUCGUUGAUUGGACUCCUCUAUACCAUCAUCGUCCUAUUCGCAUCACAGGGACACCGCGUUGUCCACCAGAUCGUCUCGGUCGUGCGAGUAGCCGCACCCCUGAUUGUCUACUUCUUCGCCAUCUUCAGCCUUACUCUAUGGGUGACGCACAAGCUCGGAUUCGGAUACAAGUUGGCAACGACGCAAAGCUUUACUGCUGCAAGUAAUAAUUUCGAAUUGGCGAUCGCUGUUGCCACGGCUACUUUUGGUGCCAACAGUGAUCAAGCGCUUGCAGCGACUGUGGGUCCUUUGAUUGAGGUGCCCGUGUUAUUGGGCUUGGUGCAUGUGGUGAGAUGGAUAGGGAAUAAACGCCAAUGGAAGGCAUGA